UCAGAAGAACUUUUACUCAUAAGAGAAAAGACUUGGGGUGUUAGGGGUAAGAUUUAAAGAGUGAGGUUAUUGUUUUAUUUGGAUGACAUUUCUUAUUUUGAAUAAACUAAGAGCUUUUUAAAUCUGAGGACACCACGAUGUUUGCCGUGCAUUUAUUAUCGUUUUAUUUCACAAAGCUCAAGGAGGAUCAGAUUAAAAAGGUAGACCGAUAUCUGUAUGCAAUGCGGCUGUCUGAUGAUCAGCUGGCAGACAUAUCGGCUCGGUUUCGUCUGGAGAUAGAGAAAGGACUGUCACGUGAAAGCAACGCUGCCGCCACAGUGAAGAUGCUCCCGACCCACGUGUAUUCAACUCCAGAUGGUUCAGAGAAAGGAGAAUUUCUGGCACUGGAUUUGGGGGGUUCAAAGUUCAAGGUAUUACAGGUGAAAGUUUCAGAGAAUGGAAAGAGAAGCGUUCAGAUGGAGAGUGAAACGUUUCCCAUCCCCGAAGAGAUCAUUAACGGAAGAGGUUCAGAGCUUUUCGAUCAUGUGGCGGAAUCUUUAAAAUCAUUUCUACAGAAGCACAAUAUCAACCAGAAGAGAAAACCUCUCGGCUUCACCUUCUCUUUCCCCUGUGCCCAGUCAAAAAUAGAUGAGGGGGUCCUACUGUCAUGGUCAAAAGCGUUCAAGGCCAGAGGUGUUCAAGGAACAAAUGUGGUGCAGUCGCUGAGAAAAGCUAUUAAUAAAGUCGGGGGUGUUGAUGUAGAUGUUCUGGCUAUGGUCAAUGACACAGUAGGGGCCAUGAUGACCUGUGGAUAUGAUGACCAUAACUGUGAGGUGGGGGUUAUUAUAGGUACCGGCACUAAUGCGUGUUACAUGGAGGAGCUGAGACACAUUGACCUGGUGGAGGGAGAUGAAGGCAGAAUGUGUAUCAACACUGAAUGGGGAGCAUUCGGAGAUGAUGGUGUGCUUGAUGAUUUCAUCACAAAUUUUGAUCGUGAAAUUGAUGCUGCUUCUAUUAAUCCAGGCAAACAGCUAUUUGAGAAGAUGAUCAGUGGACUGUAUAUGGGAGAGCUUGUGAGACUGAUCCUUCUGAAGAUGGCAAAGAAGGGUCUGCUUUUCAAUGGCCAAGUCACAGAUGAUCUGAGGACCAAAGGAAAAUUCCAGACCAACUAUAUCUGCUUGAUUGAAAAGUCUAAAGAUGGUUUGGAGAACACCAGGAACAUCCUGAAGCAGCUGGGACUUCAGCCCUCUGAUGAUGACUGCAUCGCUGUCCAGCACGUCUGCACCAUCAUCUCCUUCAGAUCGGCCAAUCUGGUUGCUGCCGCCUUGGCUGCCAUCCUCACGCGGAUCAGAGAAAACAGGAAGCUGAAGACCCUCAAGACCACUGUGGGAGUGGAUGGAAUGGUCUACAGAACACAUCCACAGUACCCCAAAAGACUACAUAAAGUGGUCCGACACUUGGUACCCGACUGUCAUGUGCGUUUCGUGCUGUCUGAGAGUGGAAGCGCUAAAGGUGCUGCAAUGGUAACUGCAGUUGCACAGCGGUUAGCGUCACAGCGUCAGGAGAUCGAUGACACCCUAGCGACUUUUGCCUUGAACAUCACACAGCUGCAGGAAGUGAAGGAGAAGAUGCGAAUUGAGUUGGAGCGAGGCUUGAGGAAAGAGUCUCACGCCACAGCUUCAGUGAAAAUGCUGCCGACGUAUGUUUACAGGACUCCAAAUGGAACAGAGAGAGGAAAGUUCCUUGCCCUGGAUCUCGGAGGUACCAACUUCCGUGUCAUGGUGGUUAAGAUACGUACUGGAAUGCGUAAUUCUGUCCGGAUGUACAACAAGAUUUAUGCCAUUCCACAUGAGAUCAUGCAAGGCACUGGAGAGGAGCUGUUUGACCACAUAGUUCACUGUAUCUCAGAUUUUUUGGACUACAUGGGUAUAAAGAACACUCGCUUGCCUCUUGGCUUCACCUUCUCUUUCCCCUGCAGUCAGUCGGGUAUUGACCAGGGAUCUUUGGUCUGUUGGACAAAAGGCUUCAAGGCAACCGACUGUGAGGGCUCUGACGUUGUGGAUAUGUUAAGAGAGGCCAUCAAAAGACGAAAUGAAUUUGACCUAGAUAUCGUUGCUAUAGUGAAUGACACAGUUGGCACCAUGAUGACAUGCGCAUAUGAGGACCCUAAAUGCCAGAUCGGUCUUAUUGCUGGAACGGGCAGCAAUGUAUGUUACAUGGAGGAGAUGAAGAACAUUGAGUUUGUGGAUGGUGAGGAAGAGCAGAUGUGUAUAAACACAGAGUGGGGGGGAUUCGGGCAGAACGAUAAUAUUGAGGACAUCCGAACCAGAUACGACAGAGAGGUGGAUGAAGGGUCACUUAAUGUGGGCAAACAAAGGUUUGAAAAGAUGACCAGUGGAAUGUAUUUGGGAGAGAUUGUGAGGCAGAUCCUCCUUGACCUUACAAAAAAAGGACUUUUGUUUCGAGGUCGUAUCACAGAGCGCUUAAAGACCAAAGGCAUCUUUGAGACCAAGUUCCUCUCACAGAUUGAGAGUGACCGUCUGGCGCUACUGCAGGUGAGGUGUAUUCUGCAGCAGCUGGGUCUGGACAGCACAUGUGAUGACAGUAUAAUCGUGAAGGAAGUGUGUGGAGCUGUGUCCCGCCGGGCAGCUCAGCUUUGUGGAGCAGGAAUGGCUGCUGUUGUGGACAAAAUCAGAGAGAACCGUGGGUUGGAUCAUCUUGAGAUAACUGUAGGAGUGGAUGGUACCCUUUACAAGUUACAUCCACAUUUCUCAACAAUCUUGAAGGACACUGUCGAGCAGCUUGCACCUAAGUGUAAGGUGGAUUUCAUCCUGUCAGAGGAUGGCAGCGGAAAAGGGGCGGCACUGAUCACAGCUGUCGCACGGCAGCAUCAUAGAGAGAAACAAGAUGCUCACUAGACCCUGAGACAGCUGUUUUCAGAAGUCUUUUCCAGUAUGCAGUUCUAUUUCAAUAUUUGUAUUUUAUGUAUAUAUAAAACAUGGCUUUAUGGGCAUUGGCAAAAAGUUUUUAGUAAUUUUAUUGUUGCUUUUGAUAUUUUAUUUUGUGUUUCAAUUGGUUGCAAUAAAAUUUACAGAA